ACAAGUUAAGGACAAUUUCAAAACAGAAAGUUGAAUUCAGAGUAUCGGGAAAAAAACAAAAAGGUAGUACAUAAAGAUGGCAGACCUAGACUGGGGAGCUGCAGUGGACUCCCAGGAACAGACGUUGACAAGUCAGACUCCAGAAACGGGUAACCAGUCACUGAACUGGGCAGAAGAAGUCGAGAAAAGUGAUUUGUCACAACAGAUUAACAGAAUAACAUUAGAUAAAACAACAGCCCCAUCCAAAUCUCCCAGCGCCCCAGCACAGAGUGGCCCUGCCCACACACCCCAGACACCACCACGGCCUGGCCCCACCCAGACAAGUCAGACACCACCACGACCUGUCCAGGGGUCAGGUGCAAUGGCUGCUGCCCCACCCCCCGCUCAGGAUGGGGCAGGAGCCUCAGGAGAUGAUGAAGACAAAGGAACAACAAAAGAAGAGGCCUCCCUUCUCAGAAAGUUGGUCCAUUCAAAGCUUGUAUCCUCCAAGGCAAACCUAGAAGUCUUACAAAAGGACCCCAACUCCCCACUCUACUCUGUCAAGUCAUUCGAGGCUUUAAACUUGAAAAAGGAGCUCUUAGAUGGAAUUUACAGUAUGGGAUACAACACACCAUCAAAAAUCCAGGAAACUGCUCUACCUGUGCUCUUAGCUGAUCCUCCUGUAAACAUGAUUGCUCAGAGUCAGAGUGGAACAGGAAAAACAGCAGCCUUUGUCUUGACCAUGCUUAGUCGAGUAGACACCAAUGUCCACUAUCCACAGUGUCUGUGUAUAGCACCUACUUAUGAGUUAGCUCUGCAAAUCGGCAAAAAUGUGGAAGAGAUGGGAAAGUUCAUGACAGAUCUGAAAAUUGAAUAUGCCAUUAGAGGAGAGAAGUUGAGUAGAGGGACAAAACUAUAUGGCCAUUUGAUCAUUGGGACCCCGGGGACAGUGUGUGACUGGGCCCUGAAGUUCCGCUUCUUUGACCUCAAAAAGAUCAAAGUUUUUGUCUUAGAUGAAGCAGACGUUAUGAUUGCAACACAAGGUCAUCAAGACCAGUCCAUCAGAAUCCAAAGGGGAUUAGGGAAGGACUGUCAGAUGUUGUUAUUUUCUGCGACAUACGAGGAUGAAGUGAUGAGAUUUGCGCAGGCUGUGAUUCCUAACAACCCCAUUGUGAUUCGACUCCGGCGGGAGGAGCAGUCUCUGGACAAUAUCAAACAGUACUACAUAGAGUGUGCCGACCAGGAGGGCAAGUUCCAGGCCUUGUCUAACAUCUACGGCUCUAUAUCAAUAGGACAGUCUAUGAUAUUUUGUGCUACAAGAAGAACAGCGGCUUGGUUGGCAGAGAAGAUGACAAAGGAAGGGCACGCUGUAGGUCUCCUGAGUGGAGAAUUGUCAAUAGAACAAAGGGCGGCCAUCAUCAACCGCUUCAAAGAGGCCAAAGAGAAAGUACUCAUCACCACAAACGUCACAGCUAGGGGUAUUGAUGUGGAACAAGUGACAGUUGUAGUGAACUUUGACCUUCCCCUAACUCCGCCCCCAGAAAACAAACCUGACUUUGAGACCUACCUCCAUCGGAUUGGACGAACGGGUCGUUUUGGCAAAAAGGGCUUAGCAAUAAACAUGGUGGAUGGUCAGAGGACAUUUCAAACAAUGAAAGCAAUUGAGAGAUACUUUGGGCGUGAAAUCAAGAAGUUAGAUGCAGAUGACAUAGAAGAAGUGGAGAAGAUUGGCAGUUAGAGAGGAAUCUCCCAUUCAUCAAGUCAAAGCUAUCGUCUUCAUACAAAUUGAUAUAAAAUCAACAUUUUACUGAGUAGAUGACAGUUUUAGUGAUUUUACAUUUUAUGCAGAACCUUGCAACUGCCAACUGCAUCUGAAAGAAAAUGUGAAUAAGGUUUAGAAGGGGAGAUAAUUCCUUUCAUGUGUCAUUUUAUUUCAUGUGAGAAAGACAUCUUUUAAUGUUAAUAAACUGUGACAGGUCAGGCCGAGCUUCUGUUCAGAAAGUACUGCUUACUAUUUUCCUGACAUGUAUUUUAUGUGACUUUGUUACUGUAUAAGAUCUUAAAAAAAAAUAAAAUCUGUAUUGUGCUAGU